AUGUCAAUACCUAGAAGGACAACUGCAUUUUCUAAUCUGAAAGGUUCUCGAAAAUAUUCAUCUAAAUCAAAAAAACACAGUCAACAUUUACCUGAUGAACUCUCUCUUGAAUAUAUUGACGAAAGUCAUCUUGCCGCAUUCGAAAAAGCUCUUUCUGAGGAUCCUGAUAAGGAUUUGACGGAACACAUUGCUGCUAUGAAUGAUUUCAUGCCGAUCCAUCAAAAGGUUAAGAAGAAAAUAAAAGUACCGAAUGGAUUUGAAGGUGUUUCCUAUCAUAUCGUUAGAUUCCCCAUGAUGUUGACUAUUUUUUGUAUUAUCACAUUCGAACUUGCUUUAUACAUUUUAAUACGUCAAAUUGUGAAUAUUUGGGAGUAUUUCGUCCAAUGGCGUGGUGAAAAAUAUCGACUACGUGAACAACUUCGUCGAUCUACAACCUAUGAUGAAUGGAUUGCUGCUGCCAAAGAUCUUGAUUCGUAUUUGGAUUAUGAUAGUUGGAAGGAUGAAGUUCCAUUUGGAUAUUAUGAUUUUAACCUUUUACAAAAGGUUAAUCUAGAUCUAAAGAAUUUAAAACAAGGUCCAACCGAAAAUUUACCAAUGCUAAAAAGUGCCCUUCAACAUUGCGUAAAAAACAACUUUGCUGGCGUCGAAAAUGUUAGCUUAUAUUCUCAAACUUAUUACGGAACUAAACAAAUUGUCGAAGAAUACUAUGAUGAAGUCUCUGAAUCACUUGAUGUUUUACGGACAACUAAAAGUUUGUCAUUUGAAGAAAAACGUAAACUUUUUAGAAACACUUAUAAAAAUUAUGGCAGAACAGCUUUAUGUCUCAGUGGUGGUGCAUGCUUUGGUUAUUAUCAUGUUGGCGUCGUUAAAGCUUUAUUCGAUGCUGAUAUCUUGCCCACAAUUAUAACUGGUACCAGUGCUGGUGCGUUAAUUGCUGCCUUGGUUUGUGUGAGAACUGAUGAUGAACUGGUACAAGUCUUGAAACCUGAAUUAUGUCAACGUCUUACCGCUUGUUCUGAGAAAUUUCCUCAAUGGUUCAAAAGAUGGUGGUUAACGGGUGCUCGAUUUGAUGCUUAUGAGUGGUCUAGAAAAGUUCAAUGGCUUACAAAAGGAAGUUUAACUUUCAGAGAAGCAUACGAACGAACUGGAAGAAUUCUAAACAUUUCUGUUAUACCAAAUGAUCCACAUUCUCCUCCUAAAGUUUUGAAUUAUGUUACGGCUCCUGAUUGUGUCAUCUGGUCUGCUGUAAUUGCAAGUGCUGCCGUACCUGGCAUCCUUAACCCCGUGGUUCUUAUGCAAAAAUUGAAAAAUGGUACAUUAGCUCCAUACAAUUAUGGUCACAAGUGGAAAGAUGGUUCUUUGCGUACCGAUAUUCCUACUCAAUCACUUUACAUGCACUUUAAUGUUAAAAAUACUAUUGUUUCUCAAGUUAAUCCCCAUGUUCAUCUAUUCUUUUAUGCCCCACGUGGCAGCGUUGGUCGUCCCGUUAGUCAUCGUCAUGGCAGAGGAUGGCGUGGAGGAUUCGUUGUUGCUAGUAUAGAACAAUAUUUAAAACUGGAUUUAAAUAAAUGGUUAAAAUGGGUUAGGGAUCUUGAACUUCUACCAAAGUUUGCUGAUCAAGACUGGAGUUCUAUUUGGUUACAAAGAUUUGAGGGAAACAUUACAAUAUGGCCAAAAUCAUCAAUAUGGGAUUUCUUUUAUAUCCUUACUGAUCCUGAUUACAAUAGAUUGGAUCAAAUGAUAAUGAAAGGACAGCGUGUCACAUGGCCGAAGCUUCACAUGAUCUCUAACCGUUUAAAAAUUGAACGUGCAAUACAAAGAGGUCGUAGUGAAUUGAAGCAUGAAGAGAGAAAAAAUAGAUAUAAUCGUUUUGCUCCUAAUGAUGGUUUGGGCCGAAUUGAUCGUGAUAGUUCAAGUUCUCCUGACGGACUCGGUCACCUUAGUCCUCUUAAUAGUAGUAGUGACGGGUUUGAGCAUUCUAGCGGUCAAGAUGAAUUGGAUGAAAUGAAACAAACUAAAAGUACUGAUUAUGGUGAAACAGAUAGUGAUACUAGCGGUAGUGUUGGUAGUAUUAGUGAAGGAGGAAAUACUUAUGACAUGUCUUCAACUAGUACAUCGUCAUCAUCAUCCGAUGAUGAUGGGUUAAUUACCCCAGAUGAUGGACAAGAGUUAAUUUAG